AUGGAGAACCUAACAUUCAAACACCAUAUUCUUCUUGUGGAGGGGCUAAAAGUGACAGACCAGUCAGCCUAUCCAGCUUUCAUUCUUCUUUUUCUGGCAUAUGUUUUCAUCAUGAUAUCUAACAUUGGACUUAUCAUGAUCAUCUCAAUGGAGGAGAGUCUCCAUCAGCCCAUGCACAUCCUCUUUUGCAACUUACCUGUGAAUGACGCACUGGGCACCACUGUCAUUGUGCCACGUUUACUGAAUGACAUUUUCAGGGAAACCUCAGACAGAUAUAUAACAUAUGUUGAAUGUGUGAUUCAGGCUUACUUUGCUCACUUGUUUGCCACAACAUCUCACGUGGGAAUUUUACUGGGCCUCACUGUACGUUUGUCUCACUGUAGGUCAACCAUCCUAAAUCCCUUUUGCGACAAUGUAUCGUUAUAUAAACUGUCUUGUGAAGACGUAUUGAUCAAUAAUGUGUAUGGGCUCGUUUUUACAUUUAUUGGGGCUGUCUUCGCUAUAGGAGGUAUAGCAUUUAGUUACCUAAAAAUUGCUUUGGUGUGCCUGAAAAGUAAAAGCAAGGUAUUAAACACCAGGGCUCUGAAAACAUGUUGCACUCACUUGUCUCUUUAUAUAAUCUUGCUGGUGUCUGGAUUCACUGUAGUUUUUCUUCACCGGCUUCCUCAGUAUUCUGAUGAAAGAAAACUAUCUAGUAUCAUGUUCCAUGUUGUGCCACCUAGCCUGAACCCCAUAAUAUAUGGUUUGCAAACCAAAGAAAUAAGACAAAAGUUUACCCAUCUUUUUUGUAGAAACAAAGUUACAGUAUAA